AUGCAUUAUUUUUGUUUCCAGGCCAUCUAUGAAGCUGCUAAAUUGGCCUUUCUGAAUGGUCUCGUCGUCGACAAAAAGCAUCACUUCGUUCUUGGGUGUCCAGUCAGCGGCUGCAGCAACAGCACACAAGGUAUGAAAUUCGGUGCUCAAUCGGCUCGUCUGCUAGUCGAUCAUUCUUUCGAUACCCAUGACGAGGCCUUCAAGUGCUCACCAAUUGAUAAUCUGUUGAACGAACACCCGUUCAGCAUGUUGAUGAAGACGCGGCUACAGCCACCGGUGAUUCUGAUUACCUUGAUCACCAACUGCCUCACGGCUGUUGUAUUAACUCGACCCGAAAUGCGCAGCCCCACAAACAUUCUCCUCUUCAGCAUCUCACUGGCCGACCUUUUUACAGGAUGCCUGGCCCUGCCGAUAUACCUGUCAGCAGAGUUGUUCCGUGAGAAUAUCACUGUGGUCUCCGGCUACCUGGUCAGUCUGUUGACAGUCAUUCUGCCCACUAUCUUCCACACGGCAGCCAUUUGGUUGACUGUUGUCCUCGCCUUGCAGCGCUUCUUCUAUGUCCAUUUUCCGCUUCGUGUUCACAGGAUCUGUGUCUGCCAGAAGCGCGGUGUCACGCUCACUGUAGCUGCCGUCUUUACAGCAGCUAUCGUAUGGCAACUGCCAAACGAGAUAAACACAUCGUUUGUCUGGGGCCUACGCAGCUGUCGCCUCGGUCCACAGGAAGCUGCCUCUAAUCCGGCUGCAAUCGGCUAUAAUGGCUCAGCCCUACGCCUAGACGAGGUGAUGGUGUUUAGAUGCACUGAGAUGUCGAGUCACUUUUUCUUUACUUUCCUCAUUCUUCGUGUUCUCUUCGUACAUUUUGGUCCCUGCCUAACACUCACGGUGUUUACCUGCCUACUGAUUCUGGCGUUGCAUAAGUUUGCUAGAAAACGACGUGCAUUGUUGUCCUUGCGACGCGGACUGCUGUUGAGGCAACAAACACCGCAGGAGACCACCAACAGUGUUGGUCCUAUACACCGAACAAGUCUGAUUUUUAAACUAUCUGAUGGCUCAGUUGCCUCAGAACCUGAGCGCAGAACUUACCAAACCUACCAGUCUUGGAUGCCGGGCUCUGGAAGCAAGGACUCGUUGGCUGCGGACAGGCUCGUCUGUGCUAACGCAUGUGGAGUGGAGGUCGGAGGCUACGUAAGCGGAGGCAGUGGCGGUGGGAGUGGAAGCGAAGGUAGGAAUACAGGAGGAAGCACCGGUGGUGGCAUUGGUGAUAUCGAUUCCACUUCGAACAUGAUGCUUGUAGUCUUGGGUGUAUUUCUACUCGUCGAGGUCCCCACGACUGUGAUUCUCAUCAUGCUGGCAGCCUACACAAUCCUCGAAAUCCAGGGCCCCAAGAGCAUUGCUAUUGUAAGUAUCCUAAAAAAUAAUCAUACUUGCUCAUUUUUAUCGCAAAUCACGACUUUGAGAGUUAAAAUAAUAAAACCGCCUAGUGGUAUCACCAAAAUGUUGUCUGCAGGCCCUCAUUCCAAGUGGUACGGUUGA